AUGACGAGCUCGCCCGUUGGCAGUGGAGUAGUGCAGCAGGUCAAGACGAUCAAGGUGGUAGAGACCGUAGGAGGUACUGCGUCGUCGUCUGAGCUCUCGAACAUCGACACACAGGGCGCUAUAAACAAUGCCAGGCAGGCGGAGGAGAAUGUUUUCCUCUUUGUGCCAAAUCUCGUAGGCUACACUCGAGUCAUCCUCGCGGCUCUCUCUCUGUACUAUAUGCAGAUUCAUCCCAAGGCUUGCACCUUCCUGUACGGCGUCUCAUGUCUCCUGGAUGCAGUAGACGGAGUGGCAGCGCGUCGCCUUGGCCAAUCGACCAAGUUUGGCGCGGUACUAGACAUGGUGACAGAUCGUUGCACAACGGCCUGUCUCCUCUGCUACCUUACAAAGACCUACCCCAAGGCUGCCCUCGUGUUCCAAUUCCUGAUCACACUCGACUUUAGUAGUCAUUACAUUCACAUGUACUCCUCGCUCUUGACUGGCGCGGCCAGCCACAAGCUCGUCACUUCGGAAGUCUCGCGCAUUCUGUGGUACUAUUACAACGACAGCCGCACCCUCUUCUUCUUCUGCGCAGGUAAUGAGCUCUUCUUCGUCUGUCUCUACCUGAUAGAAUUCUACCCCACUCCCCUGGGGCUAGAUCCAGACUGGCUCCUCUGGCCUCUCGGCUCAGCUCUGAGGACACAACUGCUAAAGCAAGCCGCUCUGAGUCCAGACGGCUGGAGCGGUUUCUUCUUUGCCGGCGUGGGCAAAGUGACUUGGCCCAUGGUGGCUGCUGCCAUUACGCUUCCCAUCUGCUUUAUGAAGCAGGUCUUCUCUGUGGUUCAAUUCUGGACUGCUGCUAAGGUCCUUGUUGGAGUGGAUUUGGAGCAGCGGAGACAGCUUAGAGCGGAAGGAAAGCUCUAG